GAAGACGCGCGCAAGAUGCGCGCAUACUGCCUGCCUGGUCCUGGCUGUUGGCUUUGGCGGCCGCGUGCGAUGUAGUGAGCUCUCUUAGGGAGUGCUUCCUGCUGUAGAGGACUUCUGAUGUGUACAGCUGGCGUCUUGCCGAUUAGGAAUUAAUAAUAAAUGCCCCGUGAUGUGUGGAGAGAGGCUGUGAGUUGGAACUGGGCCUUGAAAGAUAGGCAUGAAUUUUGCUUGUUUCUGCCUCUUUAUAGAGAGAACAGAAACUAGAGGACACAAUGGAAGAAAAAAAAAAUAGCCUGCCCUCACCCAGAAGAGAACGGUGUUAAAAUCUUGGUGUCCGAGUGCCGUGUUUGUUUCAUUGUAUGCAGACUAGAAACAGGGAAUCUUUUAACUGAGCCAAUAGGCUACUUGGAAUCCUGUUUCUUGGCCAAGAAUGGUACUCCAAGGCAGCCAUCCAUUUGCAGCCAUUCACGGGCCUGCCUGAAGAUCAGAAAGAGCGUCUUCAACAAUCCUGAGCACUCCUUGAUGGGCCUAGAGCAGUUUUCUCAUGUUUGGAUUUUGUUUGUUUUUCACAAAAAUGGUCACUUGAGCUGUAAGGCAAAAGUGCAGCCCCCGCGGCUGAAUGGGGCGAAGACUGGGGUUUUCUCCACCAGGAGCCCGCAUCGUCCCAAUGCGAUUGGACUGACGCUGGCCAAGCUGGACAAGGUGGAAGGUGGAGCUGUAUACCUUUCUGGAAUUGACAUGAUACAUGGCACACCGGUCCUAGACAUAAAGCCCUACAUAGCUGAUUAUGACUCGCCGCAAAAUUUGAUAGCACCUUUAGAGGACUGUGAGUCACAGAACGACCAGCGUGCACCAGAGCCCACGUCCCAGGCUGGUGGCAAGACUGACAGCUGCGCCAAGGGGCAGCUCCCAGCAUGCCAGGACCCGCGGCCCUGCCAGAGCACUGAGGAGAAACCCAAACGCCCUGGCUGCGGGACUUCAGGAGCAAACCUCCUGGAACCCAGAGACCCAGCAAGGCACACGGACCUGGCAGGGAGCUUGGGGCUGGAGUCGGGGGGUGGCCAGAGUGUGAGUGUGGCAGAGGCACAGAGCGGCUCCCCGGGCCUGAGGAAGGACUUCGCAGAGGACGGAGCAGAGCCAGGGCUAAGGAGAGCUGAAGGAGCUGUGUUCCUGCAGGGAGGCAGUGCAGAGGCGCGGACCAGGGCUGCUCCCUGCCUGGCCAGGACCGCUGCUGGAGCCCCCUGCGGCAGCGUGGUCCCUGCCUGGGUGCGAGAGGCCCCCGCGGCCACUUUACACGUCCGGUUUACUCCUCACGCAGAGAAGGAUCUCGCGCAGCUCGGCUCAGGAGGCGAGCCAGGUGUGGAUCAGGCAUCAUUUAAAUACUUCCGGUCAGCCGAGGAAGCGAGGCGCGCCAUCGAGGCCGUGCUGGCCGCCGACCCGCGGUCUGUGUACCGCCGCAAGCUCUGCCAGGACCGCCUUUUCUACUUCACCGUGGACGUCGCGCACGUCACCUGCUGGUUUGGCGACGGCUUUGCGGAGGUCCUGAGGGUCAAGCCAGCGUCCGAGCCUGUCCAGGUGCCUGGGGAGUCCUUGUGGGACCAGCCUCCGUGAUGUCUUACGGCAGCCUCGUUGACGUUUGGAAGUGACUGCUGGGUUUUCUGUGCAGGCUAAUGAGGUCCCUGCUCUGCAGAAAGAAGGCAGUGCUUUGUGAUCUCACGGCUUUGAUCUGGGCUGUUCAAAAUAUGUGUUUGAAAAGCAUUUUAAUAAGCUUAAUUGAAGGGUAUAAAAUACAGAGAAAAUGCUUUUUUGUUGUUGUUCUUUAGAAAAAUUAUUUAUUAGCGAGACAGACAGAGCUCCCAUCCACUGGUUCACUCCGCAGAUGCCUGCUAUGGCCUAGGUUGGGCUGAGCUGAAGCCAGGAGCGGGGAAUGCAUCCAGGCCUCCCACACGGGUGGCGGGGACCCAGCUGCUGGAGCCAUCGCCCCUGCCUCCCAGAGUGCACAUCUGCAGGAAGCUGGAGCCAGAUGUUGAACAGAGGCAUCCAGCCUAGCGUCUCAACUGCUGGGCUCAGGGCCAUCUGCUCUGGAUGUGUUCACACCGAAGAACCCAGAGGUGGCGCUGUCUCUGUGAGUUCUGAAAGAAGCGGAUUGUUUGCAAUGGUUGAUAAAGUUAGGCAGAGGUCAUUCUAGCAGGGACUUUCAAUUUGAGGACGUGUUGUCAGCAGUUCACAUUGACUUUCCAGCCUGGAAAAGCCCCAUCUCUCCCUUUUAUUCUAAAACUGUUAGGGAAUCUCAGGAAACUAAAGAAUAUUCACCACGUGGUUAUAGAUAUCCUUAGAGGUUACACCCCCAUGUUCAGGCACUUUGUGGUACACACACACAUACGUGUGAGUGUUUACAUACUUAAUCCUGAUUCUGAAAUAGAGACACUCUGAGAUUUGUUUGGAUGCCUUUGUAUCAGAAAGAAAAUCUCUCCCAGAAAUUCAAGAAAAUAAUUAGUAAUUUCUAUCUUACUUGUUCCGUAACUGUUGAGAACCUGCAAUGGGUUGGGUUUGGAUAAUAAAGUGAGAUGAAUAGGACACAAGUUGCAAGUGAUGGUUAGUGGAGGAAAGCAAGGUACAAGCAGAUUAUUGUGUUACUGUCUGAUAAAUGCAGUGAUCAAGUCAGCACGGGUUCCUGUGCAGGGCCACGUGGGAAGCAGUUCUAAGAAUGUAUUGCCUAUAGGAGGUUUCACUGAUGUGAUCACAGAUAACUGAAGAUUUAUGAUCGGCGUAACCAAAUUAGACACCUGUCAGCAUGACACAAGCUUUCCUAAUUGCAGUUGUAGAUCACGGCAGCUGACUGAUGAGGUUUUGAAAUGAGUCCUCUUGCCUGUGGGUACUUGUGUGGAGUCAUCUGUGGCCCAGGACACUGCACUCGUGGACCAAACUGGUUUACCGUGGCCUUUGAUGUUACUCAGAACUUCUUGAAGUAUCUUUAGCUUGACUUUUUAAAAGCUGUUUAUUUUGAGAUAAUUAUAGAUUUGCAGAAAGUUACAUAAAUAGUCCAGAGGUUCUGUACCUUUGCCAUAGCUUCUUGUGGAAGUAGUCUCUUACAUGGCUGUAGUGAAAUUCUAAAGCUGGGGUGGGUGUUGGUGCAGUUGGUUACGCCGCUGCUUACUAUGCUGGCACCGUGUUGGAAUCCUGGCUGCUCUGCUUCCCAUCCAGCUCCUUGCAACUACACCUGGAAAGCAACAGGUGUUGGUCUCCGUGUGGGAGACCAGGAUGGAGUUUCUGGCUGCCAGCCUUGUCCAGGCCCAGCCCUGGCUGUUGUCACCAUUUGGGAAAUGAAUCAGUGGAUGGAAAAUCAAUCUCUUCCCCUCUCUUUGUCCCUCUCUCUCUAUUAUUCUGUGUUUCAAAUAAAUAA